AAAAAACAUGUAGCAGACGGAAUAUGAAAGUGGUUGGUGUAAAAGUGUGUGAGUGUAGAAGGAUUGUGAACGUGUGGGAAUGUGUUUUAAGUUAAUUACAUCUAAUAUUUGAAAGAAAACUAUCAUACUGUAUAAAAGAGUUUUGUGUCGCACAGUAGAAACUUACGGAAGUGUCGCACAAUGUCUGUACAGCAAAGAACGCUAGAUUGCAAAGAUCUGCAUUCGUAUUUGAAAACCCUGCCGGCAGCCGUGCUGGAUCGAUUGUACAAUCAUCCAGCCACAUGUUUAGCCGUUUUUAGAGAAUUACCUGAAUUAUCCAGGAUUUACAUUAUGAGAAUAUUGUUUGUUGAUCAGGCUGUCCCCAAAGCAAUCAUGGGCUCUUGGGUUUCACCAAACAGCGCAAAGGAACUUGAAGAUAUUGUGAAGUUGCUGACAGAGCUUCGUGUUUGGCAAGAAGUUGAGAUGCAAGGUGGACUAAAGGGCUGGUUGCUGAAUCCCACAUUCAGAAGAAACUUGAAAGGGGCUCUGUUGGGCGGAGGAAAUGAAUGGAGCAUGAAGCCAAAUACAGAUGCUGAUCCAAAAGCCAGAGGCAUUGCUGUUUUGGAUGAAUAUGCCAUGGGAAGGUGGGAGUGUGUGCUACACUUUAUGGUUGGUUCCCAUCAGCAUGAAGCCAUAUCUUCUGAUGCACUGCAAAUAUUACAACAUGCAGGUCUCAUGAAAAAAGAACCUGGGGACAACCAAUUGUCAAUAACAAAAGAUGGCUUCCAGUUCCUCUUGAUGGACACAUCUGCUCAAGUUUGGUAUUUCUUGUUGCAGUACCUUGACACUGCUAACUCCAGGAACUUAGAUUUGAUCGAUUGCUUGGGAUUUUUAUUCCAGCUUAGCUUCAGUACACUAGGCCAAGAUUACAGUACAGAUUCCAUGAAUGACGGUCUUCAGAAAUUUUUGCAACACCUUAGAGAAUUCGGACUUGUCUACCAAAGAAAGAGGAAAGAUGGCAGAUUCUAUCCUACAAGGCUAGCAUUGGACAUAGCUGCAGGUCCCAAAAAAUCCAUGCUUAACAGCUUGAAUGCUUCAAGUCAGGCAACCGGUUAUAUUGUCGUGGAGACAAAUUACAGGGUUUAUGCAUAUACGGAUUCAAGCUUGCAAGUGGCAUUGAUUGCCCUAUUUUGUGAGCUCAUUUACCGCUUUCCAAAUUUGGUCGUUGGUAUUAUCACACGAGAGAGCGUCAGAGAGGCGUUAAAGAGGGGGAUCACAGCAGAUCAAAUUGUGUCUUUCUUAAGGCAACAUGCACAUUCCGAGUGCUACAAAGAACCGCCAGUGCUCCCGUCUACCAUCGCAGAUCAAAUCAAACUGUGGGCAAUCGAAAGGGAUCGAUUUCUUUAUAAAGAUGGCGUCCUUUAUAAUCAGUUUGACUCGCAGGCAGAUUUUGAAAUCUUACGAAAUUACGCCCAGGAGAGAGGAUUGCUUGUUUGGCACACACUGAAUGGCCGAAAAAUGGUUGUCACCAAGGAAGGUCACGAUGAAUCCAAAGAAAAGAUGACCCGCGGAGUAAGAAGAGGAUGCAUUCGACUAAAAGGCGCUAUUGUUGGUAUUGAUGACGAAGACGAUACGACAUUCACUGUAACAGUUGAUAUGAAAGUGUUCCACCUACAAGCAAAAGACGCAGAAGAGAGAGAAAAGUGGAUUAGAGGACUAGAAGAUACCAUUCUAAGACAUGCCCAACUUCAAAGGAGACUUGACCCGAAUCAUCCAACCCCAACAAUGCAAGAUUUUGACAAAAAAUUGACUGAAACAGAUUCCUAUUUGCAAAUAUUAAUUGAUCAAGUCAAGGCACUGGAAGUUCGGAUUGAACAAGGCAAUGAUGAUCAAGAGAAGAUGCGCUUGUGUUCAAUAAGAGACAGAGCAAAUGAAAUGUUAGAAUCUAUUAAGCAUACAAUAGUAUUGCUCCAAAUUGCAAAGAAUACCACCCAUCCUGUCAAUGGAGUCCAAGUUGCAGCUCCCAUUACAUUUUUCCAGUCAUCUCCAUCAGACACUUUGAAAAUCACUAAUAAUCAACAACCUGUGAAAGUUAAUUUGACAAAUGAGGUUGUUUCUGUGAUAACUUCAAUGGAAGAGGUGCCCGUGCAAACUGGAAUUGAGCUAGGGGCCGAAUGUGUUGAACGACGAGGUGGAAAUGUGGAAUGCACUGACAGUUUGAGACAACCUCCUGUCAUCAGCUUAGAGCAGCCUCCGGGAUUUUAUGGCCAGAGACCGCUUGCACUAGAAAUCCCUGAAACUUCAUACUCCAGCUCCGAAGAUGAAGAUUUUUUCGAUGCGACUGAAAACAUGGGACAAUCCCCAAUGCUGCCAACGCCCAGUACAAAAACUUUGGACGAGCUGGAAACUUCUUCAAGGAAUCAGUCAUCAGACACAGUCGAUUAUGAUGCUUUGUAUGAGGAUUCGGAUGAAGAUGAUUUGGGUUCAAUGGAAUCGCAUGGGAGUGUCGUAACCCAUUUGCUGUCGCAAGUCAAGCUUGGCAUGGAUUUGACCAAAGUCGUGCUUCCAACAUUUAUUUUGGAGAGGCGUUCUUUACUGGAGAUGUAUGCUGAUUUUUUCGCCCAUCCAGACAUAUUUGUUGGAAUCGCGGAUUUCACCGAACCACGCGACCGGAUUGUGCAAGUAGUUCGUUGGUUUUUAUCAGCAUUUCAUGCCGGAAGGCGGUCAGAAGUUGCAAAGAAACCCUACAAUCCCAUCAUAGGGGAAACUUUUCGUUGUUGGUGGGACGUAAGCAAGGAUAAGCCGAUUGCAGAGAAUUUGGUAAGUGAUGGCCCUGUUCCGUGGUGUGACGCCAAUCAGUUGACUUUCGUCGCCGAACAAGUUUCCCAUCAUCCUCCAGUGUCUGCUUUUUAUGCGGAACAUUAUGGCAAGCGAAUAUCCUUCUGUGCCCAUAUUUGGACCAAGUCAAAGUUUCUCGGACUCUCAAUUGGCGUCCAUCAUAUUGGUCAAGGAUGUGUCUCUCUGCUGGAUUAUGACGAAGAAUACAUCAUCACAUUUCCAAACGCUUAUGGCAGAUCAAUAUUGACCGUACCUUGGGUUGAGUUGGGUGGAAGCGUCAGUAUUACCUGUGCUAAAACUGGCUACGGUGCGACGGUCGAGUUCCUCACCAAGCCCUUUUACGGAGGCAAGAAGAACAAAAUUACGGCGGAAAUCUUGCAGCCCGAUAGGAAACCCUUUGUCGCCAUAUCGGGAGAAUGGAACGGUGCCAUGAUAGCUAAAUGGACUGACGGGAAAACGGAAGAAUUUGUGAAUGUUAACGCGAUGUCAAUUGUUCAAAAACGAGUGCGCCCCGUAGCAGAACAAGAGGAAUUCGAAUCUCGUCGUUUAUGGCGUGAAGUCACGCUCGGUCUCAAAUUUAAUGACAUUGAUCUGGCCACAAAAUCUAAAUCAAGCUUGGAGCAUCGACAGCGGGAAGAAGCCCGGAUACGCAAAGAAGCCAACGAGAAAUGGGAGACAAAACUGUUCUCGCUAGUUGGAGAUAACUGGAUAUACGACAAACCUCUCGUGAAACGUCUAGCAGCUUCUGGAGCGCAACAGUAGAUUUGAUAUGCAUGUAAAAUGGAGGUUGAUCCCCAUGUUUUUCCGUAAUGUCUACAGUUUUAUAAGAAAAUUGCGUUCCCGUUUUGAAUUCGUAUAGCAGCUUGCCAUUUAUUUGAAAAAAUCAGAGAGUAUUUGUUCGAGUUAAAUUUGCUUGAUUUCACCCGGUUUUUGUCGAUUGUGCCUAACACUUUUUUGUUGUGUAUUAUCCGUACAUGCUAAGCGUUUGCAUACACCUCGUUUUGGCAUACGAGAAA